UACAUAUGUAUGUAUAUAUUCCUACAAAUAAACACGUUGUUUACAGACACCUAGCUAUAUAUCAGUAAUUUAAGCAAGGAGCUUUCGUUGCCUGAAAAAUCGACUUUUAUUUGAGCUUAAACCUAUAAACCCUCUUACUAUGACGCAUUAAUAAGUGACGGUAUUAUUGAGUGCCAAAUACUUGAUUUAGUUUCGAUGUUUAUUCGCUCUGCUAACCUUAGUAUUGAGAAAAAUCAAUAGGAAGUAAAUAAAAAUGUUACACGUUUAAAGUACGAUUUGUGGAUAUUUAAAAAAACAAUCAAUUUUUUUUACAAGGAAUUGUUGUUUCCAAAAUGUACGGAAUCACUCAAUCAACAGUAAACAAUCAACGCUUUCGAGUUCGUGAUAUGGAUAACGAGCAAAUCAUGUCGACUUUUGGAAACAUAGGACACCUACUGAACAUCGCUGUGGAACGAUUUAUAACAAUUGGUGAGAUAAUUGCCGAGGAGAAUAUUGACAUUAAGGGAGACAUGUAUGAGGCAGCAAAGGAGGCCAGGGAUGCAGGGAAAUCAAUCGAACGCCUCUGUGAUAUAUCACCGUUGUGUGGUAUGGAGCUUCGCCACCAUAUCGAGCCCCUAAAGGACUAUGGCGCCAUUAUUCUGGCGGCCAGGUCGCUGCUGUCCUCUGUCACGCGAAUUCUACUGCUGGUGGACAUUAUUGUUGUGAAGAAACUGCUGACCGCUAAGAAACGCGCCUCCGAGAGCCUAGAAAAACUGGAGUCGGUGAUGAACUUUACCGAGUUCGUGCGGGCCUUCUCUGUUUUCGGCACGGAGAUGAUCGAACUGGCCUACCUCACGGGCCACCACCGCAACUCCUUCAAGGAGGAGCGGCGGCGAGCCCAAAUGUUCUCGGCGCGGCAGAUCCUGGAGAAGUCCAUUGCCAUCCUGCUGACGUCCUCAAAAAACAGCUUGAUCCACAGCGACUGUGUGAUCGUAAAGGAGAACCGAGACACGGUUUUUUGCCAGAUACGGCGGGCCAUGGACCUUAUACACUUCGUGGUGAAGGACAGCAUCUUUGACUCUGCAAAGCACAUGCCAUUUGACAAACAGGCCAGCAACCCGAACUAUGAAAACGAGAGCAUCUACACGACUAUAAAGCGCAUCGUGAAUCUCAUCAAGCGGUACAAGUACCAGAUGAGCUACUACGAAAGCAACAACGAGGGUAACAAUAAUGCCGACGCCUACUUCAACUUCCUGGACGACGACCCCUGGAAGUCAGAGAAGAACCUGACCUCCUCGGCUGGAGGCGGCCGUAUCGUGAACAACACUAACUUCAGGAAGCACCUGAGCUCCGAAAGCAUGGAUCUGCGCGAGGAGCUGUCGCUGGCCUUUGAGAAGCUCUUCGAAAAGGCGCACGACUUCACAGACUCGCCGUACAUCAGCCACAACCACCGAAAGAAUAUCCUAUCCUACUGCGACAACUGCAAGCUAGAGUUCGACCUGUAUCUAAACACCAUCCUCAAGGACCCGCUCGAAACCGCAGGGGUGCAGGUAAAGGGGCGCGACCCCGAGCUGGGAAUGCUGAGCAGCCUCGAGGAGCUUUGCAAACAGCUAGUCGUUUCCGUGUCUAGCCAGAUCGAGGAUUUCAACGAGUCGCUAAAGAUCUGCGCCAAGCUGGUCAAGUCCUUCCACGUGCUGGCCACAAACUACGACAUAGACAACCUCAACCAGCGCUCCACGAAGUUCCACGACUGCUGCGACCACAUUUUCGACAUUUGCAAGCUUCUGCAGCACAUCGCGCCUACGGAGCGGCUGCAGGUGCAAGCGAAGUGUCUGGCCAUUAACCUGCGCAUCUACGGUCCGCAGGUCUUCAUCGCGGCCAAGAUCCUGUGGAAGUAUUCAAAUAGUAGCGCGGCCAACGAGAACUUCGAGUCCUUCUCAGACAUGUGGAAAUGGCUGACUAACGAGAUUUCUAUGAUCGCCAAGAAGAUACUGGUAUCAAUUAACACGACUAAGAGCGACAGAGAAGUUGAAACUGAGAAAUGCGAAAGCACAGAUAAACUAACGAAAUCCGGUGUACCUGCAACAGAAGACGGAGAAAUGGUCGAGUAUUCUGGCCUUGAAGGCAAAAACAAUGGAGAUCUAAACACAUAUCAAUCAAAAUGGAGCGAAGACUUGUCGGACGAUAACGACAUAUUAAAGAGAGCUAAGAACAUGUCAGCAAUGGCGUUCCUGAUGUACCAGUUUACAAAGGGAAACGGUUCUUUAAGGACAACUCAGGAUUUGUUUACCCAAGCCGAAUAUUUUGCGGAGGAAGCCAAUCGACUUUACAAAGUCCUCCGACACUUUUCAUACCAGGUUCCCGCUAGUGACAACAAAAAGGAUCUCCUUAACAUUUUAGAUAGAGUGCCGACUUUUGUCCAAGCACUUCAAUUUACAGUCAAAGAUCACACGGUUGGCAAAGCUGCCACAUUUGUGAAAGUUGAUCAUGUCAUCAGAGAAACCAAAAACCUUAUGAAUGUUAUAAAUAAAGUAGUAUCGAAGUGCUUUGAGUGCGCAACUAAGUACAAACUAAAUUUAACUGGGAUAACUGGAGGACUCACUUCGGAAAGGACUAACGAAAACAUGGCCGGUGGAAUGUGCGAUUCCAAGGGAACGACGAGCAGCAGCGAUAUUCCUUGACAUUACGGGAUGGCUCGAAGAGCCAAGGGGGAUGCGCGGAGGACGAGGGUAUCAUUUUUACUGUUCUGAGUCCAAAUCUUUUAUUACUAUAGUGUGAACACUAUUAGCAUUCUUAAUAAAUUACAUUUUGUGUAUUAGUUGAGGCCGCUUUUAGCGAUGAUUAAUGUCAAAAACUUUAUUAAGAAAAUCCAAUUAGUUGUUUUAAUAGCACGAUCUUAUAAUGCAUAUAUUGUUUCGCUACAUUCGAAAACUAACGGCAAUAAAGGUAAUAAAAGAUGCA